AUGCCGUUUGACACCAAGGACACCGAAGUCUAUCGUCGCAACGAGAAGGCUGGCGGAAAGCUCCUGACCCCAGAAGAGAGGAUCAAACUUCUAGAGGUGCAUAUGCCCCGUGAUCUUGAGCGGCAACGGCAGCUAACACAUACAAAGCCAUACCUCCCUCCCACGAAGGAGGACGAAGGACGCGAACAACGAGCUUCCCCUGGCCGGCGCAUCACAUUUGGAGUUAGGAACUUUCUGAAGACGCAACUGCACAUCCUGACCUUUACAAUUAUCCAUGCCAUAUUCUCCAUUUACAUUCGUUCCCGACAGGCCUACCAUGCCGUCCGCGAUCGUACCUACUCGAUUUUCUUCUACCACCAUCGCGACCCAGCGAUGAUACAGAGGGACGUGAAACGACUCAGCAAGGUCCCCAAAGUUCUGAGUGUCAUUCUGAGAGUGGAAGAUGACGGGAAAGGCGGCGCCGAACUAGAACGCCUGGUGAACGAGGUAGCGGAAGUUUCGGCAUGGUGCGCCAGCGCUGGAAUACCCGUGCUGAACGUUUACGAGAAGACAGGCCUACUCAAACAAUACCUACCUGAAACCCACCGAGCGAUUUCCCAGAACCUCCGAUCCUACUUCGGCAAGCAACAUCCAACAUUAACAGUUUGCGCACCUCAUGCGCAGUCGAUAGAGUCCACGUCCAGCCCACAGACCACAGAUUUUGGUGGACCAGUCAGUCACCUUACCAUGAGACUCAUAUGUGCCGAAGAUGGCCGCGACUCUAUGGUAGAUCUUACGAAGACGCUGGCGGAAAUGGCCCAGAAGCAUAAGAUCUCUCCUGCCGACAUCGAACCGCGACUUCUCGACGUAGAGCUUAGGGAGAGCGUCAUGGAAGAAUCCGACUUGUUGAUCAUCUUUGGACCCUACAUUGAGUUCCAAGGAUAUCCGCCCUGGCACCUGCAUCUCACCGAAAUCUACCAGGUGCCUGACAACGAGAGCGUCGGUUAUCAGGUGUUUUACAGUGGCCUGUGCAAGUAUGCGAAUGCUCAGUUCAGGCUGGGACGAUAG